UGCGGUUUUAGCGUGCAAAGACAGUUUACUAGGGACGUUUCCGUAAACACACAGUGAUAUCAGACGGGCGUAUAGCCACCGCUGCGCAUGCGCACAGAGCAGCAGAACUGACAUCGCGGGGCAGCACUGCAAUAUCCAUCGAUUCGGGACCGAAGAUUAUCCAUCUGCAUUCUCGCAAGACUGGUGCCACCUGUACAUACUAAUCCAUACCAACUGUGUCAUUGAAGCAACAAUGUCCAUGGGAAGUGACUUUGGGAACCCUUUACGGAAAUUCAAACUUGUUUUUUUAGGGGAGCAAAGCGUUGGGAAAACAUCGCUGAUAACAAGGUUCAUGUAUGACAGCUUUGACAACACUUAUCAGGCAACUAUUGGAAUCGACUUUUUAUCAAAAACCAUGUAUCUGGAGGACCGAACUGUGAGGUUACAGCUAUGGGACACCGCAGGGCAGGAGCGUUUUAGGAGUCUUAUCCCAAGCUACAUUAGAGACUCCACAGUGGCUGUGGUGGUGUAUGAUAUUACAAAUGUCAAUUCUUUCCAGCUUACCUCCAAAUGGAUUGACGAUGUCAGAACAGAGAGGGGAAGUGAUGUCAUUAUCAUGCUGGUGGGCAAUAAAACAGAUCUAGAGGAAAAGAGGCAAAUCAGUAUAGAGGAGGGCGAGCAGCGGGCCAAAGAGCUGAAUGUGAUGUUUAUAGAGACUAGUGCAAAGACUGGCAGCAACGUUAAACAGUUGUUCCGGAGAGUGGCUGCAGCUUUGCCCGGAAUGGAAAGCUUAGAUGAUAACAACAAAGAAGGAAUGAUCGACAUUAAGCUGGACAAACAGCCAGACCCUCCGGCCACUGAGAGUGGGUGCUCCUGUUAGUAAAAA